AUGGGAUUGCCCCAAAACAAGCUCAAGUCCAUCUCCCUCUGCCUCUUAUUUUUUAUCAGUCUUGCUCCAUUGGCUUUCUCCGAAAACUUCUUAGAGGAGCAUUUUGAAGGUGGAUGGAAAAGCAGGUGGGUCUUAUCUGAUUGGAAAAGAAACGAAGGUAAAGCCGGAACCUUUAAGCACACCGCCGGCAAAUGGCCCGGCGAUCCUGACGAUAAAGGUAUUCAAACGUAUAACGAUGCCAAGCAUUACGCGAUUUCUGCAAAGAUUCCAGAGUUUAGCAACAAAAACAGGACUCUCGUAGUCCAGUACUCAGUCAAGAUUGAACAAGACAUAGAAUGUGGUGGCGCUUACAUCAAGCUCCUCUCUGGCUAUGUCAACCAGAAGCAGUUUGGUGGCGAUACACCUUACAGUCUAAUGUUUGGACCAGAUAUAUGCGGAACACAGACGAAGAAGCUUCAUGUUAUAGUUUCAUAUCAGGGACAGAAUUAUCCAAUCAAAAAGGAUUUGCAAUGUGAAACAGACAAAUUAAACCAUUUCUACACGUUUAUUCUGCGGCCUGACGCUUCUUACAGCGUUCUUGUUGAUAAUAAAGAGAGAGAAUUUGGGAGUAUGUACACAGACUGGGACAUCCUUCCUCCAAGGAAGAUUAAGGUUAAAAAUGCAAAGAAGCCAGAGGACUGGGAUGACAGAGAGUAUAUUGAUGACCCCAACGAUGUCAAACCCGAGGGUUUCGAUUCGAUUCCUCGAGAAAUUCCAGAUCCAAAAGCUAAAGAGCCUGAGGACUGGGACGAGGAAGACAAUGGUCCCUGGGAAGCCCCAAAGAUCCCAAAUCCUGAGUACAAAGGUGCUUGGAAACCAAAGAGAAUCAAGAACCCGAACUACAAGGGAAAAUGGAAGAACCCAUGGAUUGAUAAUCCAGAAUUUGAAGAUGAUCCUGAUCUUUACGUUCUAAAGCCUAUAAGAUAUGCAGGCAUUGAAGUAUGGCAGGUGAAGGCUGGUUCAAUUUUUGACAACAUUUUGAUCUCUGAUGACCCUCAAUAUGCAAGAAGCAUCGUGGAUGACUAUUUCACACACCACAGAGAGUCUGAGAAGGAGUUACUUGCGGAAGCUGAGAAAGAGAAAAAAGCUAGAGAAGAGGAGGAGUCUCGGAGAGCAAGGGAAGAAGGAGAACGUAGACGGAAGGAGAGAGACCACCGGUAUGGAGACAGGAGGAGGCGUUACAAACGUCCUAAUCCACGUGAUUACAUGGAUGAUUACCAUGAUGAGCUGUAA